CAUAGUUGCGUGUUUGCGUGCGAGAAUGAAGCGUAUUACCGACUCGUGAUUAAAAUUCGAAAUUGAAAUACCGGACAGAGUAACGACUAUCACUGAACUAACUUCGGAAUUUUCAACAGCAUACUAUAACCAAGAGCUUGACCAAUUACUUGGUCAUACACACGACUGUGGUGGCUACAAUGGCUUCUAGUUCUGUAUCAGGCUUUUUCCAAGAGAGGCCCAAGAUCUCGAAUCAACUGUAUGAGGAUGUUGCAUUAAGUCGAGCAUUUAAAUCAUACCUUCCACCACAAAUACAGCAAUCAGUCUCAUCAGAUAUCUCGCGAUUUGCGGAGGUUGUGCUGUCGAAGAGGGUUCUGGAUUGGGUGGCGGAUGCCGAACGCCAUCCGCCAGUUUUAAAAUCUUGGGACACCUUUGGCGAGAGGAGAGAUGAUCUGGUGACAAGCGAAGGCUGGAGGAAACUCCAGGAUCUGGGUGUUCAAGAAGGCAUUAUUGCUAUCCCCUACGAGGUUAAUGAAGGCCAAUAUAGCAGGGUUUAUCAAUUCUUGAAGUAUCACGUCUUCAGCGGCAGUUCUGCAUAUGUUAUAUGCCCCUCAGCCAUGACAGACGGAGCAGCUUCUCUUCUGCUGAGGCACCUGAAAUCAAAUUCUCUUCCCGCUUCUGUCCGGCCCAUAUUAGAUUCUGCUUUCAAGUGUCUCAUCUCCCGUGAUCCAGCAAAGGCAUGGACCUCGGGUCAAUGGAUGACGGAGCGAAAGGGCGGCAGCGACGUAUCUGGAACCGAAACAAUAGCCGUAAUGGCGGAUAGCCCCCUGAAAAAUAGCAGAGGUGUCGAUGGCUCCGACCUUGGCCCAUAUAGCAUUAGCGGCUUCAAGUGGUUCUCCAGUGCUACAGAUUCCAACAUGAGCAUCCUACUCGCACGGUCCCCUAAUGGUAAUGUAUCUGCCUUCUACGCACCAAUGCGCCGCACAGUCCCUUGGACUACCGAUGGACAAACCGAACUUAAUGGUAUACAUAUACAACGUUUGAAGAGCAAACUUGGGACGCGCGCUGUACCCACCGCCGAAUUGGAGCUCAAAGAUAUGCGAGGGUACCUACUGGGCACUGAAGGUCAAGGAAUUAGAGAGAUCGCCGUGAUGCUGAACAUAACGCGCGUACACAAUUCUGUCACAGCUCUGGGCUUUUGGGGUCGUGGCCUAGCCAUCAGCAAAGCAUUUGCACGGGUCCGUAACAUCGGAGGCAAGCGCUUGGUGCACAUACCUGCGCAUGUAAUGACGAUGGCAGAGCAAGAAGUCGAAUACAGAGGCUACAUGCAGCUGACCUUCUUCACGGUGUUGUUACUCGGGAUUUCUGAACAGGGCUCAAGCAAUGCUUCAUCCGAGCGAGCACCAGCAAUGGCACACGGGUCGCUGGCCAAGAUCACUCCUAGCUUCGAGGAUGCGCGAUUGUUGUUACGGGUUUUGACGCCCGUCAUCAAAUCUCUGACAGCCAAGGCAGCAAUCGCUGGCUUGAGCGAGUGCAUGGAAUCACUGGGAGGAGUAGGAUAUCUGGAGAAUGAUGAGAUGCAAUUCAAUAUCGCACGUCUCUUUCGCGACGCAUCCGUUCUUAGUAUUUGGGAAGGGACGACGGAUGUUAUGGCUAUGGAUAUGGUGAAGGUUCUGAAAGGGCAUAGUGGAGUAGAUGUGUUAAAGGUUCUGGAAACUUGGCUGAUGGCAGCUGGGGAUGCUGCGGCCCACCGUGAGUGGGUAAGAUGGGCUGGAAAGGUCAAAAGUGAAGGGCUGGAAGAACUCAAAGUCCAAGGAAGACAGAUUAUGAGGGAACUAGGAAAGCUCAUCGCGGGUGUCUUGCUUCAGGUUGACGCUGAAAGGGAUGGAGAUGAAGUCGCAAAAGAGGUAUCACGGAGAUGGAUUUGUAAGUCGGUUAACAGAACAAGGGGAUCCUGGCAGUCAAGGUGUAUGUGGGACAGGAAGAUUGUUUUUGGCAGUUCCGACGAGGCAAAACUGUGAGGGUCGCAUGAAAACACUUCAAACUCCCUCUGAAAAGUUACCGCAUUGCCCCAACCUUCUUACUGACUACCAGUUGGAUAGGGAAACCAGGUUUCUUUUGCUGCUUCGACUACAAUUUGUCCGAAUACUUUAGUUGUAUAUCUAGGUAGUUAGUAGAUAACUCCACCUGAAAAGCAACGUUGGAAUUACCG